AUGGUGAAGCAUUCAAGUCGGGUGGCUUCUUCAGUGGCUAUGCUGCCAUACUACUAUGGAUUGAUGUCCAUGUUGUCUUCUAAUGCCAUGACUCAUGGUGCCAAUGCCAACGGAGUCAAGGUGAAAGGCAAAAAGAAAUCUAGGGACCAAGAGAAGAAGACAGUUGAGUCACUUGACAAUUUGACUGCCGUAACUACUGCUACUUCAAUGACGUCAAUGCCUUAUGAUUCAACUGGCAAGUUGGAGAUGGAGCAAAAGGAAGUGAAACUUCUGCAGCUCUUCCGCAAGGUUUCAAUGUAUGGCCUCGAUGACUUGGGUCACAUCUUUGACUUUCAGAGGGUGGGUCAAUUGGUGGAUUCAUCAACAAGUGAACUUUUGGAGCGAAUUGAGAGUUUCCUGGACUUUGAUUCACUUCGUGGAAGUCAAGCAGAGCAGUACUGGCACUCGAUCCUCGGGGCAGUCUUUCCAGAGCUUCAAGAGUUGAGUUUGAAGAAUAGGCUGGCAGCAUUGAUUCAGUGUGGCAAGAGGAACAUGGCCGCUUCCAAGUUCACUUUUGUGGAAUACUUCAGUGGCUGUGGCAACUUGACCAAAUCGUUUCUGGCACAAGAACAUUUGGGAGCAGCUUUCGAUUUCAAGUACACUUCGAACCAUGACUGUUUGACAGUUGAAGGAUUGCGACUCUGGUUUGCAGCUCUGCUGAGCUGUGGUCCAAAGAGCUUCAUUUGGUUUGCAAUUGAAUGCAGUUCGUGGGUACCACUAUGUUUGAGCCAGAGCUUGCGACACGAGUCCAAUGGGUACCUUGGCGACACUUCCAAAGUGUUCGUUCAAAAUGGAAAUGCACAAAUGGUGGUCAGCUCACUGUUGAUGUUUGUGGCAUGUCUUUUGGGGCACAUUGUGAGUCUCGAGCAACCGCUCGGUAGCAUGUUACCACUUUGUGAUCUUAUGGACACAGUCUUGAAAUUCAUUGGCAUGUCCAAGACGGUUUGCUACUUGGGCGCCUAUGGUGCAAAAUCCGUCAAGCCUGCGCAGCUUUGGUCAACGUCGUCUGGAUUGGUGGCCUUGGAAACGGGGAGACCUUCAUGUCCAGAAGAGCUUGCUCAGAGAGGCAAUGAUGGUCAAUACACAGGCAAGAAAGAUUUGCUGGCAGAAAGUGAGCAAUAUCCUAUUUUGUUUUGCUCACUCCUGGCAGAUUUGUUUGUCUGUGGACGCUUGUGA